AUGGGGAAAGUUCAUUUUGAAGGCAACAAUACCAAAGGAAAGAAAACUGAGUUUAGCUUAGUGCGGGUCAAAGGUACAUGGAAGCGUAAACUGGGAAAGAAGGUCAAUAAGGACACAGUGGACUGUGUCUCUGCUGCAAAAAUCUCCGAGAGCAUCACAGAGAAGGGUACCAGUUGGACAGUGGUCAGCCCCAUCAUCUUUACUUACAAGGUAACUGAGGCUCAGAACUUGCUGGACCCAUGCAACGACACACUCCUGCUGGGUCACAUCACCGACCCACAGCAGGUGGAGGACAUUAAAAAAUCCAGCAAACCACUCAAACGCUUUGUGGUCGUUGACCAGGAAGUCUACAAAAUCUACGGCGACAAGAUAACCGAGUACUUAGAAGCCAACAAUGUCCUGUACAAGAUCUUGGCUCUACCCACCACUGAGGAGAACAAAUCCAUGGAGAUGGCCUUAAAGAUCAUAGACGAGGUCAACAACUUCUCCAUCGACCGCCGCAGAGAGCCCAUCAUCGCCAUUGGUGGAGGGGUGUGCUUGGACAUAGUGGGCCUGGCUGCCUCACUCUACAGGAGACGCACCCCUUACAUCAGGGUCCCGACCACUCUGCUCUCCUACAUCGAUGCCAGCGUGGGGGCAAAGACGGGGGUUAACUUUGCAAACUGCAAGAACAAGCUGGGUGCCUACAUUCCCCCCGCCGCUGCCUUCCUCGACCUGUCCUUCAUAAAAACGGUUCCUCGACGGCACAUCUCCAACGGCCUGGCAGAGAUGUUAAAGAUGGCCUUGAUGAAGCACAGCGGCCUCUUUGAGAUCCUUGAGAAACAUGGCCGAAUGCUGCUGGACACUAAAUUCCAGGCUGAUAACAGUGUCGACGGACGCAACCGUGUACAGGCUGCAUCACAAGCAACUGGUAUAGCCAUCACGACCAUGCUCGAGGAGCUCGCCCCAAACCUUUGGGAGGAUGAUUUAAAUAGACUGGUGGACUUUGGACACCUUAUCAGUCCAGCAUUAGAGAUGAAAGUUCUCCCAUCUCUGCUGCAUGGCGAGGCGGUGAACAUUGAUAUGUCUUACAUGGUUUACGUGUCUCGAGAGAGCGGUCUGUUGACAGAAGAGGAGAAGCAGAGGAUCAUCAGCUGCAUGGUGGGCCUGGAGCUGCCUGUCUGGCAUGAGGCCUGCACCAUGGAGCUGAUACAGAAGUCUCUGCAGGACAGGCUGAAGCAUUCUGGUGGUCUGGCCAGGAUGCCUCUGCCCGUUGGUCUUGGGCAAGCAGAAAUUUUCAACAACACAUCUUAUGAGAUCCUGCACAGAGCUUAUGAAAAAUGGAGUGAUGAGCUGAGCGUCUCCUCUGACAGCUGUUAA